AUGAACACUCCCACAUUAGCCGGCAUGAGCCGGAAGUGUACCGCUGAACUAUCCCCGGAGGAGGGGAUGGAAGUGGACUGCCAGCCAGAGGAACUGUCUAAAUCCCCAUACGAAGACCGCUGUGCCGAUCUUGGAGGCGUCAAAGACAUGAGGCUGGAGGCUGAAGCAGUGGUCAACGAUGUGCUCUUUGCUGUGACUGACAUGCAUGUGUCUCAAACUCUCACAAACGCCUUGGACAUGGCUUAUAUAAACGUGGAAACUAGAGAAGGGAACCGCUACUGCUUAGAGCUCACCGAGGCGGGGCUAAGGGUGGUGGGCUACGCCUUUGAUCAGGUCGAUGAGGGUCUGGGAUCCCAGUAUCAUGAGACUGUUUACUCGCUGCUGGACUCCCUCAGCCCUGGGUACAGAGAGGCGUUUGGAAAUGCGCUGCUACAGCGACUCGAGCGGCUCAAACAAAACGGACAGUGAAGAAUUCAGAGUCCAGCACCAAACCAGGAGUUUGGUUAUAUCAAAACAGCUUUGCUAGCUAAUUGUUAUGCUGCAGUUACGUGGACAGUCAGCUUAAAGCAUCAGUGGUAUCCUUUCCUAUCAGUAAGACCUUAUUGCCUGAUUUUACUUCUGCGUUUUAACAAAACUUUUCAGUCAAAUACUAGUUAAGUUACAUACACGGCUACUUGGCAAUGUUUUUAUUGUGUUUUAGGGCAGUGACACAGUGAGGGCGUUGAUUGAAAUGCACCAUAGCACACUGCUGUUAUUCGAAAUACUGAAAAGGAACAGGACAGAAAAUACCGUUGCUGAUGCACAGGACCUCUGAAAAGUCAGUAUUUGCUAAUCGUUUGGUAAACUGAUAAUGCGUCUACAAAAAAGAAAAUAAAUAGGCCUAAAUGUUUUUUUUACAGAUGGGUAUUUCACUAUUUUUGACUAAACAGGACCUGGAAAAGCUGCUUAUUUUUUGGUAACCGACUGGUUCCCUUGAAGUCUUUACUGUGAUGAUCUAGAAUUGUUUGUUUAGGAUGUCUGCGAUGGAGAGGCCCUCAAAAAUCUCUUUGGGAAGGACUUUUAUUUUGGAAAAUGGGAUUCCCCCUACACAUCCUUUACUUAACUCAGUUUAUCGCUUUCAAGACUACUUAAUACCACUGAAAUGCAUGUUUGCUGAUGUGCUUUACUUUUUCCGGUUUUAUCAGACAUUGUAUUUGUUUUUACUUUACCUGGUUGACAUUUUUAACUGCACAGAAUCUCAAGUAUUUAGUGUUUUGCAUCCAAAACAGGAGAUAAAUUAUUAACCAUAACUACAGUAGGCUUGAAGUAAAAUGUUUGCAUUUUAGGGGGAUGAAUGAUUGUAGCACAUCAGUACAACAGUAUCUCAUUUGCAGUCUUAGUUUUUCUAUUAUUAUUAUUAUUAUUAUUAUUAUUAUUAUUAUUACAUCAGCCGCUUCAGUUUAGAUUACAUUUCAGCCUUUCCUUAGUUAAAGAAUAUAUUUUAAAAAGCUGUUUAUUCUUUUAGGUGCACAGGAUUUUAAACUGCACACUGACCUUUACCCCAGAUCAUAUGUGCUCUCUGUUGCACAAAACCACCCUUAAAGAAAGAGAGUAGCCAUUAUCUGUGAUAUUUGAAAGGGCUACCAAAACAUGUACAAGGUUACAUUCCAUUGAUUUUUGUUUAUUGUUUGGAUUUUCGAUAGAGAGAGAAAUGUAAGCUUUGAUAUAAAUGCAUAAACAUGAAAGGGUUAACCUCAUGUUUUAUAAGCCUGUUGAAAUUCAACCUACAUUUAUAAUUUUCAUAUAUAGCUUUUGAGGCAGAUGAUAAUGUGCUGCUUUGUCUGAAUAAGGCCAGUCAUCAGACUUGCUCUCAUCAUCUGUGCAAAUUUUCAUGAAACCAAAUAAAUCCAUCUUGAACAUGCCUCUAAUUAUUUUAGGGAAUUUGUUCAGAAACCUCAGAAAAAAGUAAUGAUUGUGUGUAUAAGAAACGACAGGACUUAAGUUAUGCUGUCUCUUGAAUGGCUGCGUACCUAUUUCUGUUCAAUAAAAGCACACAAAGUAUU